GGUUGAAAGGCUUACUUUGGCAUUUUCAUGCGUGUGUGGUUGAGUCAAUCAGGGAAUGAUGCUUAUAUAAAGGGCCAAUGAACUUUUAUAGCUGUAGAUACUGAGCUUACUAUGCUAGUCGAUUAAGACUGAACUUUGAAAACAGAUAUCGAGUGGACUGAGGGUUGGAUAUUUCAUUUUGAAUUGGCACUCAUUGCUUUUGCUUUUCUGUAAGAACAAUGUCUGGAUCAGGAACACUGGCGUUCUAGAGAAGUUGCUCGGCAUAUUUGAUUUUCACCACCGCAAGAAGAUGUCACCACCAGGAAUACCAAGUACAAUUAAAUUCUGAAGUAAAUCAGGACUUCUUUACCCACCUGUUGGAAUAAUAUAGGAGACAAUAUUGAGGAAACAAAAAUUGUCCGAAAAAAUUUGGUCUGAAAACAUUCACAACUUAUGUAUGACAUGUUUUUGCGGUUCAUGUCAUACAGUGUAAUAAUUGACAGAGUUACAAUCUAUUGUAUGACUACACAAUAGUUUAUGGCUUUGCAAGAUGUAUGCGGCUUGCAAAACCCCCCUCUGUUCCCUCAAUGGAGUGCUCCACUCUUACGGUCCUUUAUGCCGGAAGAUUCCACUCAUCUGUCCGGAGGGGGGAUUCAUGGAGAAGCUUUUUCUGCAAGGCUGCCUGGGAGGGGCAGUUUGAGUCCUUUGGAAUUUUACAUGCCGAUAGCUGAAUACCUCACGAAGAGCCCAAUAAACUUUGGCCAAAGUAGCCUCAGUUCAGCGCCGACGUGCUUACUGAAUAUAGACCAUCUACACCCCUCACUGCCGUCCAUCUCUCUUCCUCCACCCACACCUUGCCCCAUCUCCCCCUCCGUUCCGUUACCGUUCACUCUGUCUCACGGCACCACAACUCUCGGCUUCGCGUUCCAGGGAGGUGUGAUCGCCGCAGCCGACACGCGGUCCAGCUGCUCUGGGCUAGUGGCCUGUCCCGCGUCCCCGAAGGUCUUACCUAUCCACUCUCACCUGGUCGGCACCACCUCCGGGACGUCGGCUGACUGCGCGCUAUGGAAGCGCAUCCUGGCACGGGAGCUCAGGCUGUACCAGCUUCGACACCGCCGCAGGCUGUCAACAGGGGGCGCCGCCAAACUGCUGUCCCACAUGCUGCAUCCAUUCAAAGGCACGGAGCUGUGCGUCGCAGCCACGCUGUGUGGAUGGGAUGGAGAUGACGAAAACGACAAGCAACCAAUUACAGAUAAAUAUGAAAAUCCUCCAACCAAUCAAACCGCAGCCAGCGAUUCAAGCAGCCAAUCAGCAGGAACUGCUCCCGCGGCAUCUCAACCGUUAGUUGCUACUACUCAACAAGUCGUCCAAAGUCUUUCGAAGAUAUGCGGCCCACGGGUAAUUUACGUAUGCAGUGACGGGUUGCGUCUGAAGGGGGGGCUGUUCUCUGUGGGGUCGGGGUCUCCCUACGCAUACUCGAUCCUGGACAGCAGCGUUUACUGGGGAAUGAGCGUACAAGAGGCCACUGCCGUCGCCAGGGAGGCCGUGUUCCGCGCCACUUACAGAGAUGCGUACUCCGGCAAUAAUGUAGAUCUCUACCAUGUUACCGCCAAAGGGUGGAGGCGCAGAGAGAGGGAAAACUUAAAAGAGGAGUAUUACAGGGAGAAAGAGAGGGAGAGAAAGAGGGUGGCGGAGAGAAAAAGUGAAAAGAAAGAUGUGAAGUGUGAUGACAGAGAUGUAUGAUGAGGAGAAACACAAGAGGCGGAUUUUGGUAUUGAUUUUGAAAGGAUUGUAUUUUUAUAGCAAAGCAGAAAUAAACAGAACAUAGUUCUUGCUGUUUUACAUGGUGAAUAGCCUGUUUAUCAAAGAAUACUGCAUUCAAGAAAUGAAUACCAUCAUGUUGUACCAAAACUGUAAGGGGGAUAUUUAGCAUGAAUUUAUACUUUUUAUAAAUGCUUUGAUACUUUUUGUCAUUGCUGAAUGUCUAAAGCUCAAGCCCCUUUUUUUUUACAAUGAUUGUAACUUGUAUUCAAAAUAUCUUUUUGUGUUUAAAAAAAAAUGGAAUUAUGUAAAUAAUUUAGAAUUUUUAUUUUUUUGAUGACCCCACUUUUCUGAGAAAUGAGAAUUACUAAUGAAGAAUAUAAAGUCAAUUUAAAAACUAUAAAUGAGUAGAAAUUAUCAGUUAGUAUAAUAAAUAGAUAGUUAUUACAUAUUGAUGAAACAUUUUACAGUCUAAAAGGCUGUCUUUUUUUUUUAUUAUUACCACAGUUGCCUCACAAUUAAUUUUCCUGCAGGUAACCUAACCUGACAGUAAUUCAGACAUUUCUAGUCCCUCUUAAAAUGCCAGAAAAUAACAACAGAAAUAAAUAAAUUGAAUUCAAUUUAAAAAAUAACCUUUAAAACAAUUAACUUCAUACUCACACUUUUAAUAUAUCACAAGCUUGUUCUGUAUUCUAAUGUUGUAUUCUGUUCAUAUUCAUGCUGUAAUAAAACAUUAAUUGUCAAGUGUGUAUUUGAUCUCGACUGGGAUUUAAAUAGUUCUUAAAUACCUGAUUUCACCUUUUUUUUCAACUGAAGGCUUGAAAGGUUUUAUAUUUGUGCUAGUUGAAGGCUCUGGAGGUUAAAGCAUUAUGAUGACCCCUACAGGAAUCUUAAAGUAUCGCUGUUUUUUAAUGUGUGCAGAAAAUCUCAGUGCCAGACUGAUCUCUACAUUGUUUUAUUAACUAAUCGUUUUCUUUAAAAGUUCCUGUUUCUCUUCCUUAAUUAUUUUGCAUC